AGCCGCGCCUAACGCCGGGUACUGAACAUGACUCCCACYGUUCAGUUCUCCUGUACUGAAGAGUAAGGACUGAGCCCAUCACAGGCUCUUGCAGCUGGGUUCCUGCCAAGAACGGCAAAUACUUGACCAGCUUGUUGGAAGAUGAUGUUUAUUCCUGCUUGAAGCUGCCAUUCUGAAAACACACAGUAAAAGAAUGUGGAAGAAUUCAAGCCUUCACUGUGUUUUAGCACUAGCUAUUUUAUGUUUAACAAGAUUAAUAUGUAGUCAAGAGAUAGGUUCUCCAGGGGAACCACAGAAUUUGAAAUGUAUAAUGCACGAUUUACACAAAAUGAUCUGUACUUGGGAUGUAUCUUCCAGAAGAAGAUAUGGACAGACUGAUUUUUGUUACACCACCAGUGACCUUCUCCCUCCAGUGUGCAUCAAAACUAGAGAGAAAAGAGUAGAGAUUCCAGUCACGGACAGUUCCUUCACUGUGACAAUAACCACCAACAGCAUUUAUGGAGCUGCUUUUGCCACCAAAAAAUUUGCAAUUCACAGGAAAGACGUCUCAUUCGUUCCACUCGCUCCACGCAUUCUUAGUUUAACUCCUGACUUUUCAACUUACACAUUAAAUCUGAAGUGGAGUGAUAAUGGAUCAGUCUUCCCGUAUGGAUUGGAUGCAUUUUGGCAGAUUGAGAUACUCCGUAAAGAAACAAUGGAAAAAGUAGCACAAGUAACUUACCAUUCAAAACUGACCCAUGAAAACAUCAUUCUUUCUUGGAAUUGGACAUCGGACAUGCCUUUGGAGUGUACAUCGCACUACGCAAAGAUUCGCUGUUACGUUAAUAUCACUGACUUUGUAGGCCACAAGGAGUGGAGCGACUGGAGCCCAGUAGCAAAGCUUCCUGGCAAAGAUACUGAGCCCAAUGGCAGUGGGGUUUUUCCUCAGGACACUGUGGUGGCAGUAGGUUCAGAUGUGACAAUUUGUUGUGUCCACGAAGAAGGUCAACAGAUCCAACAGAUGACUUAUGGACCAGAAAUAUACCCAUUAAUACAUCUGAGCAGUCGGAGCAGUGCAAUCAGGGUGCUAAAUGCCACUGCUUCAGAUGCCAGUGGGACAAAUGUAGUAUGCACACUAUCCCAAGAUGGGAUGGAUGGAACUGUCUUGUUUGUAGGAUAUGCCCCUGAUACACCUCAAAACCUCAGCUGUGAAACAUCCAACUUUCUCACAAUAAAAUGUACCUGGAAACCAGGCAGACCCAGUGGACUAUAUGGAGAACGAAGAACAAAGUACAGUUUACUGGAAAGAAUAUCUGGGAAAAACGUUUCAUGUGAAGUAAAUGAAAUGAGCAGAGAGCGUGUAUGUGGCUUCCCAGUGCUGGCUGAUCAGAAAACCUACAGCUUCACAUUAGGUGUCUCCAAUCCUAUUGGGCAAGCAGAGUCCUCACUUUUGGUUGAUUUAACUCAGAGAGUUCAUCCAAAAACUCCAGAAAAAUUAUUUGCUUCUGGGAACAGUUCUACAAGUGUCCGUCUGCGCUGGUAUAUAAAUGGCAGCUUUACUGAGAUCCGGCUUCUGUGUCAAAUUGAAAUAAGCAGUGGUCACUCUGAGCAAAAACUGCACAACAUCUCCAUGCCUGGUGGAAAAUUCUCAACUUACRUGGCUCAGCUGAAUUCCUUGCAGCCCUAUACCAAAUACCAGUUCAAGGUGCGCUGUUCAGCUGCUGACCACUUCUGGAGAUGGAGUGAUUGGAGCAGGGCAGAGCAAUACACAACGCUCGAAGCCCCACCUGUAAGAGGACCAGAUGUCUGGAGAGAGAGAAGUCCUUCUGGAAGAAGUCUAAAAAUCUUCUGGAAGCCACUGUCCCUUUCCGAAGCCAAUGGAAAAAUAGUGUCUCAUGAAGUGUCGUGCUACCUGCUAGAUACGCCGCUGGAGUAUAAAGAAGUCACCGAACCGUCACAUAGUACCGAGAUAAAGCUUGGGAAAAACGAUUGCGUAAUUAGCGUUGUAGCCAAAAAUCACGCAGGUUCCUCUCCCCCUACGAAGAUAACGAGCGUGGAACUGCCCAGCGACGAUGUCAGAACGGAGCGCGCCGUCGCACUGGGGAAUGGAAUUUAUAUUUCUUGGAAUUCUUACCCCAACGUGACCUGUGGCUACAUCGUAAAAUGGUGUCAUUCAUCUGGGGAUGAGCCCUGUAGCGUGGACUGGCAGAAGUUUCCUGCAAACACAACAAAUGCAGUGAUAAAAUCUGCACUGUUUAGACCUGGUGUGCGAUACAACUUUUCACUGUAUGGCUGCAAAUCCAGCGGAUAUCAGUUACUGAAGAACAUAACUGGGUACAUGAAAGAGCUGCCUCCAAAACGUGCACCAAAUUUUACUGUAGAAGAAACAUCUUCAGAUUCGAUAUUGGUAAAAUGGGAAGACAUUCCUAUUGAGGACUGCCAGGGCUUUCUAGAGGGAUAUCAGCUUUCCUUUGCAAAAGGUGAAAAAGACGCUUUAAAGCCUAGGCUUUCAGAAUCAGGGAAUCCAGAACUUAAAGUUAAGAAUAUCACUGACUUAACAAAGAAGUCUUUGAGAAUACUUGAUCUUCAAGGCAAAACAAGCUACCAGCUGGACCUACAAGCCUACACUGCUGGUGGGAUGAGCCCUGCAAAUAGCCUCUAUGUGGUAACAAAGGAGGAUUCUGUGGGAUUAAUCAUUGCAAUCCUCAUCCCAGUGGCAGUGGUUGUGCUGCUUGGAGUAGUGGCCAGUAUCUUUUGCUACAGAAAGAGAGAAUGGAUUAAAGAAACAUUUUAUCCGGAGAUCCCAAAUCCUGAGAACAGCAAAGCGCUGCAGUUUCAGAAGAACAUCUGCGACGGGAAUAAGACACUUAAAACACUGGAAAUGAACCCCUGCACCCCCAAUAGUGUUGAAGUGGUGGAAACACAGUCUGCCACUCCCAAGAUAGAAGACACAGAGAUGAUGUCCCCAGCCGCAGACACCUCCCUGCCCGAAGAUGGCUCAGACUCAGAAAACGAAAACCAUGUAGUUGUGUCCUACUGCCCCUCUAUUGUAGAAGAGGAGAUCUCAAAUCCCCCUAUGGAUGAACCUGUGGGGUCAUCUCAGGUGGUUUACAUUGACAUCCAGUCAAUGUAUCAGCCUCAAAUUAAAGCAGAGGAGGAGCCAGAAAUAGACUUUGUGACUACAGCAGGCUACAAGCCACAAAUGCAGCUGCCUAUCAGUGCUCUGAAAAUAGAAUCUCGCUCAGCUACAGAGGAAGAAUCAGAUAAAACUGCAGGUUACAGGCCUCAAGCAAACACUAAUGCCUGGAACAUGGACACUCCAGACUCGCCUGGAUCAGUUGAAAGCAACAAUGAAAAUGCAUCUUUUGGUAGCCCGUGCUCCAUUAAUUCCCGACAGUUUUUGAUCCCCCCAAGGGAUGAUGAAGACUCUCCCAAACCCACUAACACAGCGUGGUCCUUUACACACUUUUUUCAGAACAAACCAAAUGAUUAGCAGUGGGUCCUCAUCACGCCUGAACCUGCCUUCUAAAUAAGCUCUUAUUCCUGAUGUGUUAAAGAAAGGAGGAAGAAAAGUGCAAAAGGCACGAAUUAUUCUUGGACACAGUCAGCAGAGGCUCAAGUGAGCUUGAAUGUUACCAUGUUUAAGUUGGUGAAAGUGUUAAAGUUCCAUUUUAAGAGAGACUAAAAGGCCAAAGUUAUAUCCAUUUACUUAUUAUUCUAGCAAAAUAUAUUGGAUGUAAGGGGUAUUGAGUUUAGAUCUCCUGAUAAUCAUAGUCAAAGAACUCUGCCUACCUUCACUUAGUGUUCCAAGAUUAAUAUGGUCUCAUACAACUUAUAACUUAGAUUGCUUUGCUUUGUUGUAGUUGAUCUCAACUGUGCAUACUCAAAAGAUAUAGCCAAAACAGGUUUACAAACAGAAUGUUUAAUUUAUCACAAACCUCAGCCUUAACACAUAGAAACAGCAUGGUUGGAAAAUCUUGAGAUCUUUCACCUAGUCAUAAAUUAAGAACGUUUAAAGUGCUAUUUUUUUCUCUCAUGUGGAGGAGUAUUGUUGCUGUUUAACACUUCUUAAGCAAUGGCCAUUCAUAUCUGUUGCUUUUUAACUAGACACUAGUUUCUGUACCUACUGUACAAUGUUCAUUCAAUGUUUGACUCAGGGGUACAAACUUGGAAAAAAAAAAGUGUAACACUGAUUUAAACCUCAAUGAGAGCUAUAUCAAGUUGAAAACUUUUUUUUUUAAUUGUUAGAAUGCUCUAUAUUUUUUUUCUAUCAUUUGAUUAAGGAGUAAAUAUUUCCUAAUGUAUUGCACUAAUGCAUUUUGUAUUUUUAUAGCUUCAGCUCUGGAUCUCUUGUCUCCAAGUGGUACAAUAUUCCUUUCUCCCAGUGUUCAUCAGACUUUGGUUAUACUAUACACCAAUGUAAGCCAUGAGGAAAACUGCACUAGCAUCAGCUGACCAAGCCCUUUGGCACUCAAAAGUAGAGACAGUAAUAUUAGCUCUUUUAGAACAAAUUGCUCCUUGGAUUAUCUUUACUGUAUUAGCUUUGCCACCUGCUGCCUGGCUCUCCUUCACAGUAUCUACCCUACAAAUCCUACCUAGGAGUACUAGGUGGGAUUUUUCUGCUGGCAGGAAGAAGCUCAAGGAGGCUUUGGUGCCACUAAUGCUACCUCUCCUUUACCAGACAUGUGAUGCGAAGAUAGCCUAGAUAAUAUAAAUUUGUGUGUUUAAAGAAAUGUUCAGAACAAUCGUCUUUGAAUUUUGUUUUCACAUGCACACCUUCAGGCAGCUCUGAUUGUAACAUUUCACUGUGCUACCUUCAGCUCUGGCGCACACAUAGCUUAUAUAAGAAAGUGCUUUGUAAUUUACCUGUUCCUUAGCAUCGAACACAAUCACAAGAGGAUGUAUGUUAAGGCACUUGGUCAGAGAGGCUCUCCAUAAUGUCCUACCUGAAUGUCUGGGUUUGUUAUAGAUUUUGAUUUCUGAAACUAGUUUGUGGCUUUUUAGUAAGUUGAAGGAAUGGAUUUCUAAGCAAGAGAGAGCCUGAAUUUGCUAAGCUACAAGUUCUGAAGGAGUGUGAAGGACCAGGAAGAUGGCUAGCUUGGUAGACAUGUGGUCCACAAAAUCAAAUGAUCUAGCUAUCAAAAUAAAUCCAGGCAGUGUGUUUGUGCCAUCUCCAUGGAUUGAAAGAAUAGGGAGAUUUCAAAACUAACAAGACAAAAGAAGUAAAUAGCAUCCAAAUCCUUAUCAGCCCUAACUGCUUGUGUGCACCUUCUGGAAGAGUGAAAACAGUAGAAAUAGACCUGUUUGCAGACCUGAGCAAAUGCAAGGUCUGUCUGAAAGAAGAGAAUAAGAUUAAUGCUUAUUUGAGGAUGAAUUUGGAAUAGAGACGCAAGUGAAAAGACAGACYCUAAAAAUAGCUGGAAUCCAUCCAUUACCAGAUAGCACUACAGGGAAAGGUUUCAUGCCUAAUUAUUGCUUCCUGUUAUUCAGAACAGUAAAAAGACCUACAUAAAAGUAAGUAAUUCUGUUCCUUUGUGCUUGGUGGCUGGGAGAUGGCUAAAUCCAAGGAGGAAAGCCCCGUUCCUUCCAUGCCAAAGCUUGUAAUCCCUCUUCAUUUCUUUUCACUGCUGCAGAACUGUUUUAAUGUAUUUAGCACCCAAYGUGAAUUUUGUAUUGUGCUGCCAUAUAUUGUUACUGGAAGCAGAUGAUGUCAGAGACAAAAUGUUUGAGUAGUGUGUGUGAUGGGGGUGGUAUUUGUGUGUGUGGUUUUCAUUGUGGAAAACCUUUCCUGUGCAGCAGUUUUUCAGUACAGAGGAGCGAGCACUUAUGAUGUGAUUUGGAUCAUCAUCCAAAUGAAAAAAAAAAAAAAAAAAAAAAAAAAAAUUGUGUUGGAAAAGGUAAUUUUGAGGAAUAACAGUGCUUUCUUACAGCUGUAUUGCAAGAAGCAAAAUCAUACUGAAUUUAAACAUCCUGGCAGUUUUUAAUUCAGCAUACCUGAGCCCAGGGCAACUGCAGAGCAAGCAGAGAACAGACUGACACCCCCAGCAAUGCUUCCACAGAGGGUGACUUAGAUACAAGCACCAUGUGCUUGGCAUUUCCUCUGUGCUGCCUUUCCUUUUUAGCAAGGGCAAUGGYGUUUUUAAUUGGUUGAUUUCCUCGUAAAACACUAGUGAAAAAUUCCUCAAAUACGGGGUCUGUCAACAUUAUCAAAGCGCUCCCACCUAAUUAUCCAUCACCUUUUUUAUUUUUGAUUACCUAUUUUAAUUGACUUACUUCAAGGCUGUAAAACAGAGGAGUCCAUUUAGCAGUAAUGGCUUACCAAACCCAAAAUAUUUUAUGGAUAGCAAUUUUCAUUGGACCAACUGAAAGCUCAGGUAGAGACUCGUUCAAAUGCCUAUCUAAAGUCUUCAGCAGYGAGUCCAAAUUUGAGCAGGGUGGUGGGGCUAUACAAAGCAUGUGUGCUAACUUAGURCCCAUGCAGAGACACUUCUCAGUAUGGGAAAUGUCAGGGAAGAGCCUUGAUUUUUGAGCCAAAGCGAUUUGUUAAACAUCAGCAAAGCAUCUGAAAGAAUGGGUAGACUGAGAAGCAACUUGCCUUCCACACCAAAUUUGCUUUCAAAGCAUGGUGCUGUUUAACUUCAAAUGUAUUGAUGAUCAACUGGGCUUCAAAGGGGAUCAGACUCCCUGAACUGGUGGUGCCUUCAGUUUUCCCGGUCAGCCUCUUGCAUCAGACUAGCUGUAGGCAGAACUUCUUCCCCUCGUUUGUGGGGAAAAAAAAACUUAAUAACUUAAACUACAUUUUCUAACCAUCACUCUUUUGAAAGAUCUUAGUUCUGUAUUAAAUAUUUUUUGAUGUUUUAGUUCUUCUGUGAUUUUGUUUUUUUCGAAAGAGUAGAAAGUUCUGGUUUAGAAAGAAACAACUUCUAGAAGGGAUGCAAACAAAAGGGAUAGUGUCCAAAACUACCAUUACUCUUAACUCAGUGUUUGAUCAGUGUUCGGACACGUAGAGUGUUAGUGUCAAGCAAUGACUUCCUGAAGCAAAGCUUUGGUGCUGCUCCUUUUUAUUUUUGAGCCAUGCCUGUCAUAUGUGACAGUUGGGGUUGGUUUUUUUUAAUGGAUUCUUACACCGCUCGCUUUAUGCAUGGAGCAUCAGUCACAUUGGAUGUAGUAGCACGCGCUCUCCUGUUCACUUCUUGUUUUACCCAACUGAUAGACGGUGGGUUCUGGCGUCUUGGGCUGUGUGUUGAAUACGGGGCUGUGGAUACGAAUGCGAUAUACCUCACAACUGCUAGCUAAUAUAUCGUCAAAAAGAGUAAGCUAAUGUUCCAGGCAGCAGUGAAUUAUCUCCCUGCUAUGUGGUGRCUGCAUGUGCAAACUUAGGACCUAGUGACUGCCCUUUCCUGCCGUAGCUGCCUGUAUUAUUUGUAGUUGCAGCUUUCAUAGGUGAAUCAUGUCCAAAGGGAGCCAGGAGCUGUGCUGUCCGUCAAGGCACAGGUAGCAAAUGUAGCUAAUGUGUUUCUUCAUCUAUGCUUUAUGUGGGGGACCAGAGCUUUCCUCUGCUGGGAACAUGAAGGCAGGGAAUUCCUGCUGAACCACGRUUUUAGGCUGCUCUGAAGAGGCACCUUCAAGCCUAUGUGUGUGUGUGUUUAUGUAUGUGUGUGUGUGUGUGUGUAAGUUCAACUGGGUGAAAUUGGAGUUCAGGGCUGUGAGAUUCCCCCUGUUGUUGUCCUUUUAUGUGACGCUCAGCUGAAUAUGAAAAUUCCUUGUCAAGAAUAAUAGCAAAAAUGAGGGCAACUGAAUACAUUGGAGAAAUAAGUUGUUUGGAAAUCACUAUUAAAAGGAAAUGAGAAAUGGUGUGCUCUAUUUUUAGAGUUUAUUUCAUUGUAAAUAAAAUAUUUGUAUCUGUAAGUAGAUGGAAAUAUAGUAAAAGAAUUUGAAAUAUUUACAAAACGAUGUGAGUGAUAUUUGAUGAAUCAAUUACUAAGCAGGCUCUGUGUACCAUAAAUUUAUUAAAAGUUUCCCAUGUAAAUAGCAUCCUCUGUCCCACCACCGAUGUUGAUGAAGUCUUUAGUUCAAAUGGCACUACUAUUUUUAACAUUGCAAAAGGUCCUAACUCCUUAUGUGAGUAUGUGCUUACAUCCGUAUGUGCCUAGGUGGGUCUUGCAGAAGUUGACUUGCAGCUCUCAGAUCCCUGUACUUGAGCCUGCUGA